AUUUGAACGAGUUCCCCACCCCCUUUAACUGGAGCAGGGAACGCAAAUAGCUCCGAAAUGUGGGCACAAUAUUGAUCCUAUCGCUUUAAAAAAUUUUUGUUAGUGGAUAAUAGGACGCAGUACCCUGAAAUAAUUUGUGAACCGCAACGAUGCUCCCCCAGUACCAAAGCAUUUAGAAAUCACUGUUUUAAGGAAUGACGUGGGAAAUUUCUGCUUUACAGGCUCAUGUGCGGAUUUAAAAAGCUGCUUCUGAAAAAUGAUUUAACUUCCCUGAAGAGAGUAGGACGUCUGGCUUUUUCACAGGCCAGCUGCCCAGUGAACCUCAACUGACCACAAGUGGUGUUCACUCAAUCUAAAAGAUUUAGACAUUUAUUGUGAUCCUGUGCUAGGUAUUUUACUCAUACCAUCUUUUUACCACGAUCUUCUGAGGUAGAUAUUGUUAUCUCUGUCUUUCUCUCUCUUUUUUUUAACAGAGGAAGAUACAAACCUAGAAACAUGAAGGGUUUAAUUCAAGGUCACACAGUGUCGGGCAUGGAAUCCAGACCUGAUUUUCUUCCUGACCUGCGCUAUCUUAUGGAUUAUGUGAGUGAGUUCUACACCGCCCAUUUUAUUGAUGGAAGCCACUGAGAUACAGGACAACUGACUGAGAGUCUCUGCCCCACCCUUGGAGCCUCACGCAUGACUCUUCUCCCACUCGAGGGACCACAGGCCAGUCUCGUGGACUCAUACAAGGUGAGACAUAAUCUUGUUGCACAUUGUAACUUUGGAGGCAGCUUCCUAGGGGCCUGAAUUCUGAUCAGCCAUUUACUGUGUGACCUUGGAAUCUUGCAUAUAGAUGGCAGUUCAUGGCGGUGGGCAGAGAAGGAGAGCUUCCUGGCAUCACUGACUGUGAGAGCGCUAGUCAUCAUGUUACUGAUGGACUCAGCCCACCACAGUGGUGCUCUCCCAUGGCCAAGAAUGCAUUCAUUGUGAGAUGUCAGGAUGCCCAGAAUCGGCAGGGAUUGUCAAGGAAUCCUGGUUGGCUCCAAGGUGGUUCCUCUGCUUCCUUCCCUGUCUCUUUGGAGAAAGAGGAGGGGCACGGCGUGGCUGUCCUGUGCUGGGGGAGCUGCGAAGCAUUAACAUCAUCGAGAAGGAAGAAGUUCCCGAGUCCCAUCUUGUUUCCACCUCAACUGCCCUUGAGAACAGAGCACGACAUGAAAAUCACUAAGAUGGUCACACAACAGCCCAGAGGUGCAAAGGACCUCGCCCAAGGUCACACAGCUAUGGGGCGGUCUGGACCCUGGAGCUUGAGCUUCCUGCCUUUCAGCUUCGUGCUCUUUCGACAGCCUCUUACACAACUUACUGUGUGGUUGGAGAAGCAGGAAUCACUCCUCUGAGACAAUCACAGAAGUUGCAGAGGGGAGCAGAGUUCCCCGCGCUGGUGAUUUCCCACCCACAUUGGCCUCCUGCCAGUAUCUUCAUGCUGUUUACUUGUGAGUGCUUCUCUGGGGGUUGCAUUUCUCUUUUGAGAAACUGGGAAUUUCCAUAAUAAUAAUAAAAAAGACUCGGUAAAAUUGAAUUCUUAUACCCCACCCCACACUACCAGUUCUUGUUUCUUCUCUGUGCGUGUGUUUUCUAAGGGGCUAUUCUAGCACUUUCUAUCUUCAGACCAUUUCACAUAGGUGGAUAUGAGUUGGCAUUUUCUGUGUGUGCUUUGAAUGGGGCACAAUGACAGAGGAGGGGAACGGUGAGGAGGGUGGAGAGGCCACAUCAGGCCAUUCUGCUGGCUGGGGCCGCUCCAUGCCUGGAGAGCCAGGGGGCUGCCAUGUCCCGGAUGAAAGGAAGGAGGCUGGGGAGGGCUUCGGUAACCCACAGCAUACAGGUGUGGAAGUCUUCUGAAUUAGGGUCAUUGUCACCCAUCAUUGUCAAUGUCUGCACAUUCAUUCACUCAUUUGUUUUGUAGAACAGUUAAGAAAUAAUGACUUAGGGGCUAGCGCUGUGGCAUAGCGGGGAAAGCUGCCACCUGUAGUGCUGGCAUCCCACAUGGGCGCCAGUUUGAGUCCCAGCUGCUCCACUUCCAAUCCAGCUCUCUGUUAUGGCCUGGGAAAGCAGUAGAAGAAUGCCCAAGUCUUUGGGCCCCUGCACCCACAUGGGAGACCUGGAGGAAGCUCCUGGCUCCUGGCUUCGGAUCAGUGAAGCUCCGGCCAUUGCGGCCAGUUGGGGAGUGAACCAGCAGAUGGAAGACCUCUCUCUCUCUCUCUGCCUCUCCUUCUCUGUAUAACUCUGACUUUCAAAUAAAUAAAAAUAAAUCUUUUUCUUUUUAGAAAAGAAAUUACCUCUUGGGGGCAGGCAUUUGGCACAAUGGUGAAGAUACUGCUUGGGACGUUCGCUUCCUAUACUGGAGUGCCUGAGUUCAAGUUCCCAGCUCCAGCUGCCUGCUAUUGUGCCCCCUGGGAGGGAGCGAGUAAUAGCUCAAGUACUUGGGUCCCUGCCAUCCAUGUGGGAGACCAGGAUGGAGUUCUGGACUCCUGACAUCAGCCUGGCCCAGCCCUGGCUGGUGUAGGCAUUUUGGGGAGUGAACCAGUGCAUACAAGAUGCCUCUCAAUUUUAAAUAAAUAAAUAGAAAUUUAAAAUCACCUCCGGGCAGAAGUUCUGUGUCAGGACCAGCCAGGGCUUGUUUCAUACCCAGCCAAAUGGCGUGGUUAUAUUCCCUCCUACUUAGGAGAGAAUUCAGCCCCUCCAUGGCCCAAGGCCUGCCUGAGGGCUCCCAGUUAGCCUCAAGGGUGCCAGAGUUGACUCCUGGCAGGUGGCUGCAGGGGCUGGUUUCUGAGCCUCCUGGGAUUGGGCAUCAGGGUGAAGUUUCCUGUUCACAUGACCAACUCAUCCAGAUCCGACGGGAGGGAGUGAGGCGCUGCGGGGCUGGGCCUCACUCCCAAGGAAGAUGCCUGCAGUCAGGGUGAGAGCAGUGGUGGAGGCCCAGAGCUUGCCACCCCUCCUGACCUGCACCCUAACACUGUGGGAGCAGCUGGUCAGCGUGUUGGGGGCGGGGCCACAGUGGUCACGUGUCUAACUCCUGACCUCUGGAGCGGUGAGUCCCGCAGAUGGUAUCUCGGUGCUUGGCCCCUCGUGAGGCAACAGAGGAGGGUGGGGGCUGAGAGAGUAGGAGGCGCACCAGUUCUUCUUUUGCGCUGUUUAGCAACUUCCGUGACUUUGGAGCAAGAACAGGUGUAACCCCCUCAUGCCCUGAGGUAUGCCGUCUCCAACACCUGCCUGUGGCCCUGUGGCUACGCAGAAAUUGACCCUGGCUCAGUCAGAGCAAGUCCAAAACCAGAAGUAAAUUCACGGACCACUGGGGAGGCCGUGGAGGCAGUCAAUCAGCUGCCCUUCCAGCCCCCGGGCCCGUCAGCCAGCGCAGUCUUUGAGCACCUCCCAUGUGCCGUGUGUAGUGAGGAGUGUUCUGGCUUGUAGCUCCUUCACACUCCAUCCUCUCCCCUGUACACUCAGCAAGGCCCACAUGUUCCCAGUGAGGCCACGGGACCACUUUCCAUCUUGUGGUGCCUCUGUCCUGGGCCCCCAGCUUCCGCUUGUCCGAGGAUCAGGCCUUAGCCUGGACUAUCCUGGCAGCGUCUUGGUGGUGGUACUGCCAGGCCUGUGAGCCAGGGCCUGCUCUGCUGGGCGGUGGCACAUGGCACUGUAGGGCAGCUGCCUGACAAGAGAUGUGACAGGGUGUGAAGCUGUCAUGAUUCCAUGACCCGGCCUCCUGGGGACAGCCUGACCUCAUGGCUCCACGCCCUCCAGCAUGGUUGCCACCAGAACUGGAACCUUCCCAAACUCUGCUCUGGAGCAAUCCAAGACUCCUGCCCCUGCAAUCCAAGCCUCUCCUAAGAGUUCUUUUUUUUAAUAAAUAAAAAUUUAUUUAUUCAUUUGAGAAGCAGAGUUAGAGAGAGAUCUUCCAUCUGCUGGUUCACAAUGGCCACAGCAGCCAGAAACUCCCUCCAGGUCUCCCACGUGGCUUCCCAGCUGCAUUAGCAGGGAGCUGGAUUGGAAGUGGAGCAUCCAGGGCUCGAACUGGCACCCGUGUGGGAUGCUUGCACUGCAGGUGGUGGCUUUACCCACAGUGCCAUGAUGCUGACCCAAGCCACCCAUCACCACCCCACCCUCCGCUUGCUCAGCUUCCAGGCCUCCAGCUGCUUGCUGCCUCCUGCCCGGUCCCUCCUCCUCCAGGUGUUUGGAGACACCUGCACUCCAUUUGGGAAUGCCUGGGUUUGGGUCCUGCCUUUGCUUCCGAUUCCAGUUUUCCACAGAUGUGAGCCCUGGGAGACAGCAGGUGACAACUCAAGUGGAUGGGUCCCUGCCACCCUUGUGGGAAGACACAGAGAGUUCCUGGCUGCUGGUGUCAGCCAGUCUCAGGCCCAGCUGUUGUGGGCAUUUAAAGAGUAAACCUGCAUAUAGAAGAUCUCUCUCUCUCUCUCUCUCUCUCUCUCUCUCUGCCUUUCAAAUAAUUGAAGACAAAUUUAAAAAGAAAAGUGUCAACCAACAUUCAUGAUGGGAGAACACUCACUUAUCACUUUUAUAGUCAUACAGUUCAUAAUAAUAUCCACAUUCUUCCCCAUACCAACACCCCACUAGGCAGGUGACUUUCUAGAAGGCUUCCCAGGACAGGGAGGGAGUCCCCGAUGGCAGGAGGCCCCUAGGAGGGGUGUUCGGGUGCAAGAUAGACUCCAAGCCAGCAAAGGAAGCUGGACAGAGGAGGCUGGGGUGGAGAGGGCCUGGCCCAGGGGGCAGGGCAGGUGGCUUUCUCAGCCCAGUAGGAGGCAAGGCACCAUAGGAGAGCAAGAGGCAGAGAGAUGAGGUGCUGAAGGGCUGUGAGGGCUUGGCCUCAGUGGUCAGCGUGGGGCCCACAGAAGGGAGCUGGGAGGACGUGGAGGCCAAGAAGGCUGCUGAGCCAGGGGGAAGCCAGAGGCUGAGGGUUCCAGCCCCCAGAGCGGGAGGGUGGAGCGCAGAGCAGGUGGAGCGGGACCAGCUUGGGUAGUCCCCCAGGACAAUUCCAGGAGGGAAGCAGGACUCUGCCUGCAGCCAGUGAGUGGCUGACUCGGGAUUUGAACUCCAGGUCACCUGGCUCAGCUGAUAAGGCAGGGGACUGUGCAGAGCUGAAUCAUCCAUGGCAAAGCCCCCCAGAGGAGGCAAGUUCAAGUUGCUCCUGUUUGGAGAUGGCCAGGGCAGGUGUAGCCACAUAUCAAGGGCUUGAGGGCAUCGGAAGGCUUAGCAAAGCCACCUCACAUCUCUGGCCCCAAUCUGGCGUCCACCUUCCAGCACAUUCCUACCGCCUGAUGCUCUCUCUACUCUUCCUUGUCCAGGGAAUGCAACUGUGGCACAUUGGCACUUACUUUUUAAAGAAUAUUGAAUAAUUCAUUUUUACCAUAUUUUUAAGAAGCAAAGUCCAUCACAGAUCGGAAGUUUACAGAGGUGUUCCCAUCCCUUAGAACAUCCGAGAAGCCCUGUCCUACCCAGCCCUGCUACUCACAUUGCUUCCCUGCUGCAAACCCUUUGUGAUCCCCACCAGCUGGAACGAAGGGUGGGGACCAAGUAGAGGUUGGGGAGAUUGAUCUAGUGUGGCAUUACUGGCAUCAAGAAGAGGAGAAUUUCAGUCAAAUAGAAAAUAUCAGAAUAUGAAUAGAUUACAUGCAGUAAAUUUUGUUUCAGUUAUUUAUUUUCAUUUUAUUUGAAAGGCAGAGACAGAAAGGUAGAUAGAGAUCCUCCAUCUGCUGAAUGACUACCUACAUGACUGCAACAGCCAGGGCUGGGCCAGGCCGAAGACAGGAGCCCAGAACUUAAUCAAGGGCUCCUCCAUGGCGGGCAGGCACUCAAGUGAUGGAGCCAUUACCCGCUGCCUCCCAGAAUGCACAGGAGCAGGAAGCUGGAGUUGGAAGUGGAGUAGCCGGGACUCAAACCCAGGCACUCUGAAGCAGGACAUGGGAUUCCCAAGCAGUGACUUAGUCACUGCGCCAAACAAGUGUACGAAUUUCUUUUUUCUUUUUUUAGAAAACUUUUAUUUAAUAAAUAUAAAUUUCAUCAGUACAACUUUUGGAUUAUAGCAGUUCUUCCCCGAUAACCACCCUCCCACCCACAAACCUACUCCCUCUCCCAUCCCAUUCUUCAUUAAGAUUCAUUUUUAAUUAUCUUUAUAUACAGAAGAUCAACUUAAUAUAUACUAAGUAAAGAUUUCAACAGAUUGUACCCACACAGACACACAAAAGUAUAAAGUACUGUUUGAGUACUAGUUUUACUGUUAAUUUGCAUAGUACAAUACAUUAAGGACAGAGAUCCUACAUGGGGAGUAAGUGCACAGUGUCUCCUGUUAUUGACACUCUUUUUUAUGAUGUCAGUAAUCACCUGAGGCUCUUGUCAUGAGUUGCCAAGGCUAUGGAAGCCUCUUGAGUCCACAAACUCCAACCUUAUUUAGACAAGGCCAUAAUCAAAGUGGAAGUUCUCUCUUCCCUUCAGAGAAAGGUACCUCCUUCUUUGAUGGCCCCUUCUUUCCACCGAGAUCUCACUCACAGAAAUCUUUCAUUUAGGUCAUUUUCUGCCACAGUGUCUUAGCUUUCCAUGCCUGAGAAACUCAUGGGCUUUUUAGCCAGAUCUGAAUGCCUUAAGGGCUGAUUCUGAGGCCAGAGUGUUGUUUAGGGCAUUUGCCAUUCUAUGAGUCUGCUGUGUAUCCCGCUUCCCAUGUUGGGUCAUUCUUUCCUUUUUAAUUCUAACAAUUAUUAGCAGACACUGGUCUUAUUUAUGUGAUCCCUUUGAUACUUAAUCCUAUCUUUAUGAUCAAUUAUGAACUUAAACUGAUCACUUUAACUAGUAAGAUGGUAUUGGUACCUGCCAACUUAAUGGGAUUUGGAGUCCCAUGGCACGUUUCUAGCACUACCAUUAGGAGUAAGUCCCAGUGAGUAUGUGCUGAACUGUACAUCACCUCCCUCUCUUAUUCACACUCUUAUUUUUAACAGGGAUCAAUUUUCAGUUAACUUUAAACACCUAAGAAUAAUUGUGUGUUAAGAGUUCAACCAAUGGCAUUAAGUAGAAAAAGAAAAUACUAAAAAGAAUAGAAUAGUAAGCUGUUCCUGAACAGUCAAGACAAGGGCUGAUCAAGUCAUUGUUUCUCAUAGUGUCAGUUUCACUUCUACAGGUUUCCUUUUAGGUGCUCAGUUAUUUGUCACAGAUCAGGGAGAACAUAUUAUAUUUGUCCCUUUGGGACUGGCUUAUUUCACUCAGCAUGAUGUUUUCCAGAUUCCUCCAUUUUGUUGCAGAUGACCAGAUUUCAUUUUUUUUAACCACUGUGUAGUAUUCUAGAGAGUUCAUAUCCCAUAAUUUCUUUAGUCUUCUGUUGAUGGGCAUUUAGGUUAAUACCCUGUCUUAGCUAUUGUGAAUUGAGCUACAAUAAACAUUGAGGUGCAGACAGCUCUUUUGUUUGCCAAUUUAAUUUCCCGUGGGUAAAUUCCGAGGAGUGGGAUGGCUGGGUCGUGUGGUAGGGUUAUGUUCAGGUUUCUGAGGAAUCUCCAGACUGUCUUCCAUAGUGGCUUUACCAGUUUGCAUUCCCACCAACAGUGGAUUAGUGUGCCUUUUUCCCCACAUCCUCACCAGCUUCUGAUGGUAGUUGAUUUCUGUAUGUAAGCCGUUCUAACUGGGGUGAGGUGAAACCUCAUGGUGUUUUGAUUUGCAUUUCCCUGAUUGCUAGUGAUCCUGAACAUUUUUUCAUGUGUCUGUUGGCCAUUUGGAUUUCCUCUUUUGAAAAAUGUCUGUUUAGGUCCUUGGCCCAUCUCUUAAGUGGGUUGUUUGUUUUGUUGUUGUGGAGUUUCUUGAUCUCUUCGUAGAUUCUGGUUAUUAAUCCUUUAUCAGUUGCAUAAUUUGUAAAUGUUUUCUCCCAUUCUGUCGGUUGCCUCUUCACUCUCCUGACAUUUCUUUUGCAGUAAGUAUACGAAUUUCAUGUAAUUUAAUGCAUCUGUGUAUGCAAUUAAGAUGAAGAAUGCCUUACUUACCAGGGCCACAGUAAAAAAAAAAAAAAAAGCCACAGUGGUCAGGCACUGCUUUGUGGGAAGAGGGUGAGGAUGAGCUGGAUUUGGACAUCCUGGUUGUGUACGAGCAAAAGCCCAGAAACAUCAUGCCCUUCCCGUGACUUGGCCAGUGCUGCAGCUCUGGGAGUCUGCGUCCAGCCCUCGGGAGCGCUCAGGUGGCCUGAGGAUGUAGUCCCGUGAUGGGAGCUUAGAGGAGGGAGUCUCUAAGGAGGGGAAAUCAAGGGGUCUCCUGGAGGUGGCAGUGCCUCAGCUGACUCCUGAGGGAAGCACUUGGGUCGUCAGAACAGGGGGUGGGGAGGACUCAGCUGGCGGAUGAGUGUCUUGUGAAAAGGCUGGAGAAUGCCUGUCCUGUCCGGGGCUCUGCAAGCAUCGAGUGUAGGUGGAGCCCGUGCUAGCAAGGGAGGCUUCAUUUUGGCAUGAGGAGCCCUGGAGGAAUUCCGAGCAGAGUGACUGAGUGGGCUCACAUCUCUGGAGGAUGACUCCCGCGGCCCUGAGGAGGGCAGAUCAGCCCGAGGAGCCGACGAGUGGGGAGACCAGUGGGACAGCUACAGCACCAGGGCGGCCUGAACUAGGGCAGUGGAGUGAGGGCGGCUGGGGCGGGUGGGUGGAGGAGGAGACUCAGAUCGGGUGGGGAGAGGAAAAGGGAGGUGUUGCUGACUCCACCCACUGGCUGGACAGUGGUGCCAUGUGACCAGCACAGAGCACGGGCCGCAGAGGGUGGCUGGAGCGAUGACAAGUGUGAUGUUGAAAGGUGCGCUUGUGGGAGGGCGUGCCAGGUGGGCAGCAGGAUGGAGGAGACAGGAGAGGCCAGGGAUGCAGCCUGGGCAUGAGGCCCCUGGCCUUGGAGGGUUCAUAGUGCGAACUCUGGGAGCCACCUCUAGGAUGUGCCCACAACAGACGGAGCCAGGUGGUCGUACAGAUAGACCCUCCAACACCCGGGUCCCAGAAACCAGCAGGCAGAGAAGGCCUGGAGGAAAGUCCACAAUGCAAAGGUUCACAAGACCCGAGUCCCCUGAGGCCGAGAGCACGCAAGUGGCAGCUUAACCUGCUGCACCACCACACCUGCCUCGAGUUUUAUGUUAUUUGAGAGGUAGAGAAAAGGAGAGUGGGGGAGAUGGACAGAGAGAGCUCUCGUCGUUCGUUCACUCCCCAGUGCUCACGACUCAGUCUGGGUCUCCCACAUGAGUGACAGGGACCCAAGUAUUGAGAGACAUCACCUGCUGCUUCCCAGAGUGCACAGGAGGAGGAAGUUGGAGUCGGGAGUGGAGCCAGGACUCGAACCCAGGCCCUCUGCUAUGGGAUGGAGGUGUCCUAGCCGGCAUCUUAACCACCAGGCCAAAUAUCUGACCCAAGUUUCUUCACAUUUAAAUGACUUUCUUAGAGAAGAUACCAUUAAGAUCAUGAGUGGCUACCCCAAAGGCACUAUUGUCUCUGCUUUGGUAUGGUUCUUUCUGAUCGUGUUUAUGCAUAUGUAUGAAAUAUGUUUAAAACAGUGAGUUUUUUUUUUCUUAAAAGAUUAUUUAUUUGAAAGGCAGAGUGAGUGACAGAGAGAAAGAAGUAUCUUCUGUCUGCUAGUUCAUCCCCAGAUGGCCUCAACAGCCAGGGCUGGGCCAGGCUGACGCCAGGAUCUGUGAACUCCAUCUGGGUCUCCCGUAUGAGUGGCAGGGGUCCAAGCAGGCUUAACCCACUUGCGGACAUCCAUCAGACCAUUUGUCUGCAGACUGACCCCGCCCGCAGAAGCCUUCCUGCCUGGGCGUCCACUUGCAUGGAGGGCCCGGGUCUCACUCCCCAAGCCCUGCUCUGGAUGGUCAGCCGCAGAAUCAGCCCAAGCUUUUGACUCGUGGAUGCCCUCAGUUCCUGGUUUUGGCGCUCAGGCAAGCUUCCCCUGGAACAUUCCUUUGAGUUUUGUUUGUAUUCGGUGCUGUUGGUUGAUUGCUGGUGGGAGGCAUUACCCAGUGCUCCCGGGGCCAUCGUGUUGGCCCCCAGCCUCCCACUGUGUGUGGUGCGCCUCUCGCACUCGUCUCUGGAUUCUCAGGAUCUGCAGCUGAGAUCUCACCUGUGAACUCGGGAGGGUAGGGCUCGGGUCUGAUUCAUCUCCCAGGGUGAGGCAGAGUCGGCCUCGAUAAAUGUGUGUGGAAUUCCGUCAGCCCACUCACUCGGUGCUGUCCGUCGCCAUGCAUGCCAUGGCUCUCCAAGCGCCGGACGCCGGAUUGCACCAGCAGCCUGGUGCCCGGCACGUGGCAGCUGCUCACUGAAUGCUGAGGCCAUGGAGACUUGCACGCAUGUCAGGGCUCUGCUGGGUUUGCCUGCUUCCCUUCCCUGCCUCUCCCGCUUCCUCUCAUGCCGGAGGGAGGUGCCCCUCAGUGCCCGCCGCCCGCCACCUCCGAGUGUCAGGAGCAAAGCUGGCCUGGCAGUGGAGUCCGAAGAAGCAGCUCCCGGCCGAGAGGGUCCCGUGACAUCCUCGCUCUCAGUGCUAGUGAGACCAGUUGGAGGUUGCCUCUGAGGCAUUCAAAGCUGUAUGCAAGUCCCACACAUGUCCAGCUCCCAGCCGAGUUGUCCGCUCUCAUUAGGAGCCCGCUCGGACCUGGAGAUGACCCAGUACGUAUCUUUCGGUUGCCUGAAUAGUUCAUAAAUUGCAGGGACGUUUGUCAAAGGCAGUUUAAUGUCCCCAAGGCUGUUUGGACCUGUCUUACAAGUCCUGCCCCCAACCUUGGCUGCGUGGCAGGGACCCUGUGGUGGGUGGGGGAGGGGAAUAGGGUCUGCCUGGGUCUUUCCUUGGAGCCCUGGACCUCCGUGGUCUGAGGAGGGUGGCAGGAACUGGGACAGGAAGGGAUGAGGGCUUGGUCAGGGUGAGGGCACAAGGAACUGAGGAAAAGGUUCCCACCCAGUUGGGAGGGCUGGGCCCUGGGUAGGGGACAGGAGAGGCCUUCAGGAUGUCUUAGUAAUCUUGAUAUUUGAUUGAGAGAUAAAAACGGAGAGAACCUGUUUUGGCAAAAUUAGGUUUCUAAGAGUUAGCACCCUUUUCUGACCACAGUCCUUGGCCUUGGCCCUGACCCCAGGCCUGGAGGGUUCUGGAUGGCGUGGGGGCCCAGGAUGAGUGUUCCCAGGGUGAGGACUUGGCACCAGGCAUCUUGCUGUCUGCUGGCGUUGGAUCCUGUGGUGGGCAUCGCUGACAAUCCUUGCUGGUGGGCAGGUUCCCAAGCUGAGCAGUAAGGGAGUGAGGGCAGGCCGCCCGGGGGGAAGUGAGGCUCUGGACCAGCAGAGAGUCGGGGAUGUGCCCCAGGGGCGGGAGCACGCAGGUCCCCAGUGGAGCAAUGGCCUGUUGGUGAGGGCCAUGGCAGGGGCCCCAGGAGGGGGCCAGGUGUGGGGAAGGCGUCCUGCCAAAACAGCCGUGGUCAUGGCUGGGCGUGAGUGCCGGGGUCUGCGGGCCGUUGGUUUGGGGAGAAGCAGCCUGCUGGGGCCUCGGAUUUCUCAUCACACCCAGAAGCCUGGGCUCGGAUCAGAACCCCCGACCUGAUGUUUGUGGCAAAUUCACCUCUUGGUUUCUCUUGUCAGCUUGACCUGGUGCCAUGCACCUGCAGCAGGAUGCUGGCAGCAGAAUGCAGCUGUGGCACCAACCCUAUGCACGCAUGCUCACACCAGCCUAGGCAUGGGGCACCUGGGGAUGGGCCGGUGCUAAGUUGUACAGGACGGGGGUUAGGCAAGCACGGGAAGGGGACUUAGCUGUUGGGAAGUGUGCCCAAAGGAAGGGAGAAGGGGGCCUCCUGUGCUUGCCCUCACAGGGUUUCAGGGAGCAGAAGGCAGGCUGACCCACUUAGAAACCGGCUCCUUUCAAAGCCUCGUGGCUGAGACAGGGGCUGCUUUAAGUGGGUCAGCCUGGAUAUACGCGUUGAUCUUAAACUCUUCAAAACUUGGCUAUUAAACGUCCGUAUCCUGUUUUCAUUAGCUUGUGAGCCACAGAGCCCCGCCUGCUUUUCUGAAGCGGCAAGUGUGCCCAGAGGCUAAUAAACAGCAGACGCUGCCAAUAAAUAGGAUUUUAACACUCACUGUCCGUGUGGGUGCAAAUAAACCUGGGAAAUGAAAGGUGGGAGUCGAGCUGUUCAUGCGCGUUACACAGUUUCUGAGCUGUUUUGAACUGAGAGCUGCAGUGUGACUGUGUAUGUCUGUUUUACAGGUGCAGGGCUGUGUACUGUGUGGUGAGUGUGCUUUUGUGGACAGUGUGUGUGGAAAGGAGUAUGCUAUGUGCGUGUGCGUGUGUGUGUGUGUGUGUGUGAGAGAGAGAGAGAGAGAGAGAGAGAGAGAGAGAGAGAGAAUCAACCACCAAGGGCAGGUGUUUGGUCAGUGAUUGGGAUCUCCAUGUCCCACAUUGGAGCGCUUUGGGUUCCAGUCCCAGCUCUGCUGUUGACUCCAGUUUCCUGCUAAUGGGUACCAUGCAGCAGGUGAUGGCUCAAAUCAUUAGGUCCCCACCACUCGUGUGAGAGACCUGGACGGAGUUCCUGGCUCCCAGCUUUGGCCUGGCCCAGUCCUGGCUGUUAUAGGCCUUUGGAGAGUGAGCCAGCAAAUGGGAGAUCUUUGUCUCUUUCAAAUGAAAAAAAUAUAAAUAAAAGACUCCACUGGGGCCGGCACCGUGGCUCACUUGGUUAAUCCUCCGCCUGCGGCACCAGCAUCCCAUAUGGGCACCGGGUUCUAGUCCUGGUUGCUCCUCUUCCAGUCCAGCUCUCUGCUGUGGCCCAGGAAGGCAGUGGAGGAUGGCCCAAGUGCUUGGGUGCCUGCACCUGUGUGGGAGACCAGGCGGAAGCACCUGGCUCCUGGCUUCGGAUCAGCGCAGCGCAGCGCCAGCCAUGGCAGCCAUUUGGGGGGUGAACCAAUGGAAGGAAGACCUUUCUCUCUGUCUCUCUCUCUCACUGUCUAACUCUGUCAAAUAAAUAAAUAAAUAAAAGUGCAGUAGGAAAACAUGGACCAUGGUUAUUUAAAAAAAAAAAAGAGACUCCACCACCAGAUUGGCUGGAGACAAAACCAGCUCCGUAAUUUGCAGGGGCCUGGUGCAAAGACCAGAGUGUGGGCCUGAAUUUCCAGGGGGCAACCACAGGGCAUGAGACUAAGCCAGGGGCUUCUUGGUGUUCAGGGGAGGUACCCACCUUUGGUGCCAGGCCUGACGGGAGGGAGUGCACUGCCUCGUCGCCCUUCAGCCUCCUUGCUCCUUGAAAAAUCCUGGCGCCCCCUCUGCCCUCCCGCUGACUAUGACCCCACAGGGUGGGGAGGAGGCCGAGGCAGCCUGCAGAGGGGCUGCAGGGGCGGCUGCCAGGACCUGGCCUCUGCUGACGCUCCCGUUCCAUUCGGGGCCUCCAUGGACUGUCUGUCACCCUCAGCACCUUGCGCCAGAGCCGGCUCUUUAGAAGGUCGGGUCCCUGGGCCGGCGCCGUGGCUCACUUGGUUAAUCCUCUCCUGCGGCACCAGCAUCCCAUAUGGGCGCCGGGUUCUAGUCCUGGUUGCUCCUCUUCCAGUCCAGCUCUCUGCUGUGGCCCGGGAGGGCAGUGGAGGAUGGCCCAAGUGCUUGGGUCCUUGUACGCGCAUGGAAGACCAGGAGGAAGCACCUGGCUCCUGGCUUCGGAUCGGCGUAGCUCUGGCCGUAGCGGCCAUUUUGGGGGGUGAACCAACAGAAGGAAGACCUUUCUCUCUGUCUCUCUCUCUCCCACUGUCUAACUCUGUCAGCCCACCACUCCCACCUGCACUGUGGGUCCCCGCCUGCCACCCUUCAGGCUCCUCUCCCCCCGGAACUGUGCACCCCAGAAGUCAUCAGACAGCAGCAUCUGUCUGGGGAGCAGGGGGUUCCCUGCAGCAGACCGAGGCCGCCCUGGCUCACGACGAUUUGCUGAAUGCUCCUGGGGGAGCCGAGCAGCAGCGGGGCAGAAUUCGCUGGCAGAGCUCCCAGCCCACAACCCUGCAGGCAGGAGUGUGGCGGGCGGGGAUGCCCCAGUCCUUCCUGUUGAUUGUCCUGGUUUGCCUCUUCUCGGGUCAAGGGCAGCGUGCCUGCUUGCGAGCACACUCAGGAGAUGCUAAUGGGUACUAAUGAGGGUGUCCUGCCUCAAUACCGAUAUUGUCAAUAAUUAGCUGGAAUUUCCUGGGCGCUGGGAGGAGGCAAUGCCACCUGGCCUGGCUCGGCUGGUUUAGCUCAUUCACGUACCAGCAGCAUAGCCAUUCCAAGGUCCUUGGGUACUUCCGGGGUACUGGCAUCUCCCAGGAGUUAAGGGUACAUGAGAGCCCCUCCUCCACCACGCUCUGAUCCUAGCCAUGGACAGGCUCCCAAAUUCAGCCACAGGCUGACCCCGACUCCUCCCAUAAGAUCCCAGGGUGCAGCUGUGUGAACAGAUGCAACCUGGGAGGCCUCCCUGGGGAGGCGGCCUGCCUCAAGUCACAGCAACCCAGAGACAUGGAGAUGGGGGAGGGGGCAAGGUGGGUGCCAGGUCUUUGCUCAGAGAAGUGAUUUAGGCCCACGUGGCUGAGGUGGGGUGGGAACUGUUAUGGACUUACUCAGCACUGGUAACAGGGCUUUGCCUGCAUCAGACAAGGUCACCAAGGCCACCAUACAAGGGAGUGAUGACAAACUGGCUUUCCAGGGAAGAAAAGAGUCUAGAUUUAGCAUUUGCCAAUUUUUUUAAAAGACUUAUUUAUUUGGAAGCAGAGUUAACAGAGAGAGAGAGAGAGGAAGAAACAGAGCGAGAUCGUCCAUCCUCUGAUUCACUCUUCAAAUGGCCGCAGUAGCUGGGCUGGGCCAAGCCAAAGCCAGGCGCUUCAUCUGGGGCUCCCAUGUGGGUGCAGGGGCCUAAGCACUUUGGGCCAUCUUCUGCUGCCCUCCUGGGCACAUUAGGGAGCCACAUCGGAAGUGGAGCUGCCAGGGCUCGAACCAGCGCUCAUCUACAAUGCCAGCAGUGCAGGCAGCGGUCCGACCUGCUGCGCCACAAUGCCAGCCCCAUCAUUUGCCAAUUUUUGUGGUAUAAAUACUCGCAUCAAGCCCAAUUUCAAGCUGCCACUUGGCUGUUCCUGAAUAUUUAACAAUCAAUUCUUGCCUACUGGCCACUGAGCCCACUACCCUAAUCAGAAGCCCCCACCUAAGAUCUCUCCCAGACUUCCCCAGACCUAAGAUCUCUCUCCUGAGCCCAGCACCCCACUUCCUUGGCUUUGCAAAAUGCUCUUACCCAGCCUCUGGCUGGCUCAGGGCCUGAGAAAGGCUGUUUAAGCUCCUUGUGCCCAAGAGUCCUGGAGUAAGGGCUGGUGUGCCUUGCAGGCACCCACGCUCACACAGGUGAUGGAUAUGAAAUGACUUUGCCAAAGUGAGAUCAAACCAAAUCUAGGGACGUCCCAAGGGACCACCUCUUCGUAGCUUAAGAGCCAUGGUGAGUGCUGACUUCCACAUCUACCCUCGUGGUUUGAAAGGCGUUUGGGGAUGGCCCCAUCCGAGUGUAUGUGCUGACAGGUCCCCCUCCCUGGGUCACGUGCUUGCCUCCUCACUCACUCCCACUUCCGGGGACCAGGUGUCUGAUGUGGUGAGUACCAGGGAGCCAGGAAGCCACAGGGUCUGUGCCCUGGGUCACAGAACAACGCCCAUCCCAGAGGCUGGGAAUCUCUCCACAAACCCCAUUUGCAGAAGGGGUUUCCUGUUCUUGCCGGGCCCUGUCUAUGGACACAGGUGCUAUCAUUGUGCAAUCCUCUCCAAGACCCACCUGGUCUUGACACCUUGCCAGUGACUCUAUUUCCCCUUCCUCUGGGCGCCUGGAAUGCCACCACGGCCCCACCUUAGCCAGGCAGCUGAGCUGAGAGGUGUGAACCCAGCUGCCUCUCCACUGGCUCACCGCGUCUGGUGGAAGGCACGGGAGACCGCAGCAGCAGGUGAGGGUCUCACAGCGUGGUUGGGUGAUGCCAGAGUACUCGUGGGACUUAACCAGGCACAGGGUGGUAAGUGGCAUAGGGGGUUGAUGAGGAGUUCCAGGCCGGGAAUAACAGCCCCAGAGCCACAGGUGUGCGGCUGAGCCCUCAAUACUCCCCCUGCCCCGCCUCCUUACUCUCUUCUGCUCAGUGAAUAGCUCGCUGUCAGCCAUGAGCCUGGCAGAGAACACUCUCAGAUCCCACAGUAGGUCUCGCUGAGGGAUGCAGACAACCCCACACGCCAGCUCGGGGAGCCCCAGGCUGCCGCAUCGCAGGAAUGAGCCAUCGGAGCACCCUGUGACACAGGAUGGGAACAGGGGAGAAGGCUCCAUGGAGGAGGCGACAUUUGGAUGGACUCAUGGAAGUGGGCGGUGCCAUCUCCCUGCACAGGCCCAGGUCAGGCCUCUGGCCCGCAGACCUGCAGAUCUGCUCCGUGGGCCUCUGCAAGACGUCCAGAGCUGCCCCUCAGCUCCAGCAGCAGGGGCCACGCCCACAGCCCCUCCAGCCAAAGCCUCCCGGGUCCUCAGCAUCAGCAUGGCCAACACCAUGGCCAAGCCUCCCCCUCGAAAAACGAAAGCGGCAGUGACAGCCCCUCCCCCAGCUUGCUUGUGCCAUAAACGGCCCAGGCCAAGAGUGGGAGAGGAGGGGCUUUGUUGCCUUGGAAAAGGGCUCUUGGGAGGGCUCCUGGAGAGUGAGGGGGGCCAGGCAGGGAAGGGACAAUAAGCAUGGGUGGCACCCGAUGGGACCCGCCCCCACCCACGGUGGAAGCCGGACCCUGGAUUCCCGCAUCCGCUCUCAGAAGUUCAAGAUCACACCAGCCACUUGCGGGCCUUAAUGAGAGCCCACAGGCUGAGGCCGAGCUCCAGAAACGGCUGACUGGAUUAGGAGUGAUCAAUGAGAGCAAAUUCCUGCAGCAGCUGAGUUCCUGUGAGAUGAUUGUAUGUGAGUGUGAAUGUGACGGUGCGUGUGUGCCUUGUAUGACAGUGUGUGAAUGUGUAUAUAUGUGUGACUGAGUGUGUGAAUGUGAGAGUCUGUGUGUCCGUGGCUGUGAAUGUGUGUGUAUGUGUAAGCAUGAGACUGUGUGCAUGUGUAUGUAUGGUGUGUGUGUGUGUGUGUGUGUGUGUGUGGCUGAGUAUGCACGUGUGUGUGUAAGCUGAGUGAUGGUGUGUGUGAGUGUGCGUCCUCACUCAUUUGAAGCCCAUUUCUGUGCACUCUCGAUUCUGGGACCUUGCUCUGUCUCCCUCUCCAGGGAGUCACAGAGGCCCCCAUACUCGGGGAAUGUGUGAGAGAUGCCUGCCCAGUGAAUGCAAGCUCCCUUUCUGUGGCCAGACUGGCCCAGGUAGGGGGGAGGGUGAGGCCAAAGGGGCUUCCCCAGCCUGAAGGGUGCCGGCCUCUGGUCCUGCCUCCCCUUCUCCCACUGAUGACAGAGAUGACACACACCGGGUGUCCUCACCUCGGUUGUUCUGGGACACAGGCUGGGAAGGGGACCUGGGGAGCCCCCUCCCCGCUGGGACUGCCUUUCUCGCCACGUGGGCUGGCCUGUCU